AUGAUAAGUAUCGAAAAGAGUCAAAGAUCAAACAAGAAGGAAUUUGCCUCUCUUCUUGAAACUCAUAAAGAAAUGGAGAAGACCAUGAAGAGGAACACGUAUGAGAUUAACGUCCUCAACAACCCCUACUCCAAAUUUGAAAAGAACUUUUUCAAACGGCAGUCCGAAAGAGUUGAUGCUGAGCGAAUGGAACAAGCUGUUUCCUUUGCAAAACAGAUUCAAGCCGUUAAAAAUGCUGAAGUUGCUCUUAAUAAAGAGAAAAACCUUAUUUCCCAUGACGUUGAUAAUGUUAAAAGGGGGGAAGGAAGUUCAAGAGGCAGUGGAAGCAGUAGAGGAGGUGUUUCGACAUGCACCAGAUCCAAAAGAAAACUCGUUGAUGAAGGAGGUUGCAGACCAAUCAAAAGAGGUGGAGGUCGAAGCGGCGACCGUGGUGGUGGAAGCGGUGGUCGUGGUGGCCGUACUCUCCCUCCAUUUCAAAACCUCUUGACUGGUGAAGGGUUUGCAUACCCAAACGUGAAAAGGAAAGAACAAUAA